AUGACCACCCCUUCAGGCCGGCUGCAAGGCCGAGUCGCCAUCGUAACAGGCAGUUCGUCGGGGUUGGGGCAGGCCAUCUGCCUCGCUUUUGCAGCGGAGGGGGCUUCUGUGUUUUGCAUCGACCUGCACCCGACCGCAGCGCCACGACACAACACGUCGACGGCAGCCGGGGCGGCCGGGCGGACGGCGGAAUCAUCCUCGUGGUCGACCGGCGUGCCUCUGCCUUCUCUGCAUUACUCCUCUCGGGGAAGUUCGGCAACGGCGACGGCGACGGGGACAGCGGCUGCAACUCCUCCUCCGGGGUCGGGGCCGAACCCGGGCCAGCAAGCCGGCACGCACGAACGCAUCCGCCAGACGGGCGGCGAGGCGACGUGGCACCGGGCGGACGUGACUCGGGCACGGGACAUGGAGCUCGCGGUGCGGGCGUGCGUGCAGCAGUACGGCCGGGUCGACAUCAUGGUGAACAACGCGGGCGUGAGCGUCGAGAGCACGCACCCGCGACCGCUGCGGUGCCACGAGACGGGCGAGGACGACUGGGACCGCACGCUGGCGGUCAACGCCAAGGGCAUGUUCCUGGGAUGUAAGUACGCGUUGAAGCAGAUGCUCGGUGACAGCAACGCCAACCCUAACCCUAACCCUAACCCUAACCGCGGCGACGUCUCCGGCAGUGGUGGUGGUGGCGCCGGUGGCACCAGUGGCCAGCCUCAACGCUACGCCUCGCGAGGCUGGAUCGUCAACGUCGCCAGCGUGCAAGGCCUGGUGCCGUACUACGGCACGCCGAGCUACUGUGCGUCCAAGGGCGCCGCGGUCAUGUUGACCAAGCAGAUCGCGCUGGACUACGCGCCCGACCGGAUCCAUUGCAACGCGCUGUGUCCGGGCUUCCUCGACACGCGCAUGACGCAGAACCUGCAGAGCCAGGACCGUCUGCUGGCCGACAUCCAGUCCAAGCAUCCCUUCGGCGGCACGCUCGGCUGUGUCGACGACGUCGCGAAGGCCGCGGUCUUUCUGGCCAGCGACGAUGCCGCUUGGAUCACGGGCGUGCCGGUACCGGUGGACGGGGGGUAUUUGUUGCGCUGA